AUCGAGACCAUCAAGUUCGCCACGGACUGGCAGGCGCGGCACGCCCGCCCCGGCGGCAAGAAAUGGAUCAGCACGUUCUUCCGCACGACGUUCAUGCAAGACCCUGCGUUCGCCCCCGAGUUCGAGGGCCUCGCCGAGCCCGCGAAGGCGGCGAAGCUCACGCAGCUCGCGGCGCGGUUCGCGACGUGGCGCAACACCGCCAGGCACACCGUGACCACGCGCAACCGCCUCCUCAAGCUGUACAACACGGUG